AUGACAACCUUAGAUGAGCUCCGAAGAGAUCUUGGCAAAGCUGAAUACAAGCGCCAAGAGACCAUGAUCAAAGAUCAACUCAGUGAUAAGAACAAUAGCACAAAAGCAAAGUCGACCAAAGACUUCAUUGAACACUUGGAACAAGAACAAAACAGAACUGGCGAGAUCACUGUGAGCCCACUUGAUGCGCAAUUGCAACCCUCUCUUCUUGGUUUCUUGAAGUACUCCCGUUUUACCAAAAAAGUAUGUCUUGAUCAGGCAAAGAAGGAGCUGCAACUUCGCGAAGUCACACUCACCGAAGCCAAAAUCAAGCAGAACAGCAUCAACCACUUCAUGAAAGUCAAACUGAAACAGGCCAAAGAAAAGCGGUAUAUUGAAUACCUCAGAAUGGAAGCAAAUACGCUUGGCGCAGAUCCAGGGAACCGGAGCAACGUCAAAGAGCUCCAGGCUUUUGCCAAGCAAGCAGCCGAAAGAAAGAUGGCCGAUGAGGGAGACAACACCGAAAUCAGCAUCAAAAGCAACUGGUCAGUUGACAUUGCCACAGUUUUCGAACCAAUGAUGUCAAUGAAAAGUUGGGAAAAGAGCCUUGAUGGCUGA